UCGCCUUCCGUCGCUUGAUGACUUGUGUAUCGAUUUCUGUAUAACGAUUUCAAUUUUUUUAACGACAGAUUUCUCCUCGUUAACUCGUUGGAAUUAGCACUUCGUUAUCUAUUUUGGCUUUUACAGUACUCAGUACUAGUUGUCACCUUUCUGCGGACCUGUGCACAGCAAGACCUGCUUAGGAAUGCUACGAGGUCUACGCACAGAUGAAAAUUUCAUAAGCAUUAGCAGGACAAAGGCAACACUGGCAAGAGCCGUCAAUGCAGGAAAAGGCUGUUGAUGAUCAACAGCUGACUCCCGUGGUAUUGCCUAUUCGUCUAUCCGUGACUUGCGAAGACAAACGAGGACAUCUCCUACACCAAGAAGCGACCCUGACCUAGACAAGUUCCCUUUGUUCGGUUGCCGAGAAAGACGUUUUGCACACCAUUGACCUUGAGGAGGAAGACGUUACUGCGGACCAGGGACAUUGAGGAGAAAGACUUUACUGCGGACCAGCAACACCCAGGAGUGCUAACGGAAAGCCAGGAAAGUCAGGCGAUAUCGGCGAGCUCUAAACAGCGUGGGUUCAGUCAGACACAUCCAUCCAACAUAGUGGUUUCUCUGCGUGACGCUCGCUGGACUCGACUCGACGGCAGACACAAUGAUCUUCAUGCAGCUGCUAUGGAAGCGGACCUAGAGUGUCGCCAUUGCAGAAGGUCAAUCGGAGCGGGUGCUCAGGCGAUAGGCAGCAGUGGCAGCGAGAGGGCAAUGUCAGCGUUUGGAUCCAGGAAAACACGGUUACGACUGUACCAUUACUGCCUGUUCCUAGUCUCUGCUUUUCUGAUCAGAGAUGUGUACUCGCAGACCUGCAGCCCCGGCUGGACGGCAUUCCAGGGCACGUGCUACAUCUUCUUCCGGCCCAGUCCUCGCGUCACCUGGCCCAUAGCCGUGCAGAUCUGCGGCUUCUUCAACGGCCACCUGGUCAACAUCGCCUCGCAGGCAGAGAACGACUUCGUGCUGAGCCUGGCAAAUCGUGACCCGUGGAUCGGAAUCAACGACCGAAACACGGAGGGAGAUUUCAGAUGGGAAGACACACCGAAUGAAAUUCCGCCCUACCUGAACUUCGCCGAUGUCCUCGGUGUUCCUGACGACACACCACCGGGCGAGGACUGUGGUGUGAUGUUCACCGGAACGAAUUCACUUCUCGAUGGCCUGUGGAACGACGAGAGCUGUGAAAACGCGCUCAAAGACGUGGUGUGCGAGCAGGGAGUGUCAGCUCCACCGCCUACGAUCCCCGUACCCACCACACUACCAAACCUUGGACCGUGCCCGGUUGGCUGGACCGUGUUCCAGACCACGUGCUUUAAGUACUUCGACUCCAGUCCUAAGGUCACGUGGCCCGACGCCCGACAAGCCUGCAUCAACGAAGGAGGCCACCUUGCCGACCUCCGCAGCGCAGAGGAGAACGCGUUUGCGCACUCGCUGAUCGUGAGUGACUCGUGGAUCGGCUACAAUGACCUCACCACCGAGGGCGUGUUCCAGUGGGACUUCACGGGCGACAGUGGUCCGUUCACCAACUGGAACCUGCUGGGUGGAGAACCUAACGAUAGGGCGCCGGGAGAGGACUGCGUGGUGAUGUACUUCAACAUACCGGGGCCGGGGGAGUGGAAUGACGACAAAUGUGAGCUAGUUCUCAGAGACUACCUAUGUGAACAAGGUUUUCUGACGAGUCCGCGGAUAGGAGUGCCGGACACGGCCUGCCCGCCUGGCUGGUUUGGGAUCAACCAGAGCUGCUAUCUGCCCGUCGACAUGCCGCAGACAUUCCCGCAGGCCGACCUAGCGUGCACGAGCGUCGGCGGAUUCCUAGCCAGUAUACAGUCGGAGCAGGAAAACGCCGACGUGCACUCGCUUAUCACGGCCGACUCCUGGAUUGGUUACAACGACAGGCUCGUCGAGGACACGUUUGUCUGGGUGCAGGGCGUGCCGACCACCUACACGAACUGGUUUUCCGGCGCGCCAGACAAUCUACCCCCGGGUCAGGAUUGUGCUCUGAUGUACUUCAAUUCGCCUGGCCCGGCACAGUGGAACGACCAGGCUUGCGGCGAGCAAAGGGCGUAUGUGUGCGAGAGAGCCCGUGUGUUUGUUACCUGCAACUCCACGCACAUGGGUUUCCACGUGGCGCGGGGACUGCUCAGGUCGUUCGUCGAGCAGCAGAACCUUCACCUGAAUGACCCCACGUGCCGGAUCCAGGCAGACGACGAGUUCUAUUUCCUGACGUGGCGGCUGGACGAGUGUGGCAACACCAUCAACUUCACCAACAACGUCGAUUACACGCAAAUUAUCAACUUUGUCCAGCACACGCCCACGCAAGAUGGCAUAACUCGCUUCCGCUCCUUCGAGGUGAAAGUGAUCUGCUUGUUGCUCAACCUUGGCAAUUCCAGUGCAGGUCCACUUGAGCCUCAGGGCUUGGAGCUGAACACGUCGGCCGUGGUCCAACCGGUAGUUGGUUUUGGCGACAUCGGGGCACGCCUGUCGCUCACGGACGACUCCUUUGCCAGCCUCAUCACCGUCUAUCCGCACCAGGUGACCCUGAACGAUGAGCUCUUCUUUCGCAUCCGCUUCCUGUCGAACUUUGGCGACCUGAUGGUGUUUGCUCGGCGCUGCUACGCCACGCCGUUCCAGGACCCGUUCAGUACGCCACAGCACGACCUCAUUAUCGACCAUUGUCCUGUUGACAGCACGGUUGUCAUCCGUCCGGCCACCAUGAACCUGUUCCGCUUCAGCGUGCGCGCGUUCCAGUUCGUCAACGAGGUGGCUGAGGUCUUCAUCCACUGUGAGGUUCAGGCAUGCCCAGUCGGCGUUGCCGGCAGCCGUUGCAGCAUGGGGUGCCAGGGGUUGCCAGGCAGCGGUGGUAGGAAGAAGCGCCAGGCGUCCGCGACGGAGGAGGGGGCAGCGGUGUACCCCACAACCCUCGUCAUGUCUCAGGGCCCGCUUGUCAGAAAAUCCAAUGGUGUCAGACUCAAAUCAUCAACAGCAACCUACCAACUCUGUAUGCUGGCUGUGUUCUUGACCUUGGUGAUCACGACAACAUAAUUAUUAGCUGGUUCGCGUGAGGGAGUCGUAAGAUUACGACUCCUAGUAGAGAUUGGUGUAGGGAUUACAUUGACAGCUGGUCUGUUGACGUUUACUUGAUAACUUUGCCCAAUUUUUCAAUUACAUGUAUUGCCUUGCCUUGCACGUGCAGGUGUGCCAAGACAUUUUUAGGCGUUGAGAACCGUAGCCCGCUCAGAAAGUUUGUCUCGUUUCUGUGAAGAAUGCCAUACUCAUUGAUGCAAGCAUAAUGUUUUUGCUAACGCCAUGGCUUCAAAUUCAGUGUUCUUCGAGCAGCCUGAAGGGCAGAAUUGCAUCUGGAAGAUACAUGUAGCUAUUUUACUAAGUACGAGUACUCGCAGACUCCACUGCAGCCACUUACACAUACAUGUACAUAUAGGGUCCCUCAACUCAAACACUCUGACUCAAACACGAUCUCUUUGCUGCAUACAUCAUUUGAAACGUUCAAGAUAGCCAUUGCUGAGAAGGUUCACCUCUGUUUUGUUGAAAUUAGCGUUUAGAUGAUAAUUGUGGUGUCAGAGCUCGCACAAAAAUCACAGCAGAAAAUAUACAAUGUUAUUCUGUUGAAAGUCACCAUGGCCGCUGAAAGAUUUUGUGUGCAAUGCUAGUAU